CUUUAUACAAACGGAUCAUUCAUUCAUACUAAUACUAGAUCUAUCAAUCAUGCUGAGGUUGCCGAUUAUUGCAACAUCAAUUAAAAUAAUGCCAAAGUUGGCUAUAAUCCUUUAGUAGUUUUCUAAAUGGAUCUCAAUAAAAUUACAAGUUACAAUGAUAACACAGCUAAACAAUAUUCCAAUAAUGACUCAGGCAGUAGCAACAUUGAAGAGCAGACAGAUGAGAUUACAGUAUUAAAAUCAGUGUACAACUCAGAUGCAGAUGAAAAAGUCAAACUUAUUUCAGAAUUGGAAAAGGAAAAUCUUGGAUUGUUCAAAAUUAUUGUGAAAGUAUGCCCAAAGGCAGAAACUGAAAAGAUCCACAUUGAUGUUGUACUGCCCAUUGAAGAAGAAACACAAUAUGGAGCCACAGCUGCUGGUUGGGAAGCUCCACCCACUACAUUGAAAAACCUCCCACUUAACAGAUCUACCUCAGGUCACAGAUGGCAAGGCUCGUUUGAUGUGAAGUAUUUAUCUCCUCUGUACCUGGACAUCACCUUCCCACCCACCUACCCAUCAAGUGACCCCCCAUCUUACCAGCUGUCAUGUCCAUGGCUGACCAGCACACAGCUUGAAUGUACUGGUCAAAUGCUGGACAAUCUUUGGCAAGAGGGGAAGCCAAUGGUUAUUGUAUUCACAUGGAUUGAUUGGCUGGAAAAUAAUAUGCUCAGUUAUUUGGGGAUCACUGAUAAUCUAGUUUUGCAUUUGUCGUCUUCACUUCCUGAUGAUUGUGAGGUGCAGAAUUCAGCAAGUGAUGACCUAGGGGAAGUGAUUGCUCAAAUCAUCAGGUACAACCAAGAGCAGAUGAGACUUGAGUUCUGUCAGUCAAUGCAGGAGUGUCCUGUCUGCCUGAUGGAGAAACCUGGCAUCCAUUUCCACAAACUCCAGGAGUGUCAGCAUUUCUUCUGUACAGAUUGUAUGAGGGAGUUUUGUGACUUGCAUGUUAGAGAUGGCACUGUCGAGGCUUUGAAGUGUCCAGACAUCAAAUGUAACACAAUUCUACCACCAUCUAUUGUCCAGGCUGUUUUAGGACCAGAAGCUUACAACAGAUGGGAGGAGUUGUUGUUGCAGAAAACACUGGAUGCUAUGGCUGAUACUGACUACUGCCCACGCUGCAACAGUUUGGUCAUAGCAGAAGCAGAAGAGAGUCUCCAUCUUGCUCACUGCACUGUUUGUCUGUUUUCUUUUUGUACUGAGUGCAGGAGAUGUUGGCAUCAGGGCCGUCCCUGCACAUCUGAUGAGGAACAGCUGAGGGCUAUAGAAGAGCAGGUCAAUAGGAAAGGUCUGAGUGCAGCUGAACAUGAAAAGUUUGUUGAAAUGAAGAGAAAACUUCAAGAAGAAAUCGACAACAAAAUCUUUGUUAAGGCAAAAACACAGUUCUGCCCUAGUUGUAAAAUUGCUAUUGAAAAAACUGCAGGGUGCAAUAAAAUGACAUGCAAAUGUGGCACUUUUUUUUUGUUGGCUGUGUGCCAAAGAAAUUAAAGGCUACAACCAUUUCCAAGAUGGACAGUGCUAUUUAUUUCCUCCUGCACCCAAUGAUGCCCCCCUCCAUCCAUUGAGAAGACUGCCACCUGAUGAGUUGAUCCAGAUUCAGGCCCAGCUAGAACUGAACCCUGACCUAGCAGCCAACAGGUGCCAGUGCCCUGGGUGCAAACAGGUCAACUUGAAGAAAACUGACCACAACAACCACAUCAAGUGCUGGAACUGCAAGAGCAACUUUUGUUUUCUAUGUAAACAGCUGAUCAGGGGUGCCAUAAUGGCCCAUUUUAUGGGGCCAUGUGUUCAACACUCCUAGCACAGGCUGUUCUCUAGAGCUGCAUGUUUAUGUUGUUGUAAAUGUUUGUUAGGGCAAGUGAGAAAAGAUAGGACAUUUCACAAUGUUCAGGUUAAAACUGUCAGACAGGCUUUAGGUUGGUAUGGCCGAAGGGCAGUAAAAGUGGAUACCCCAGUAUGCUAAAACAAAGAAUGAAAAAGGGAAGAAGAGCUCUUAAAAUAACAUCAAGCUUAUGGAGGAGGCCAAAACUUAUAUGGGGUAGCUGCCCUUUAUGUGUAGAUUUUUAAUCAAGCACAAAUAAAUAAUGUUAAUAUUGUUUUAGUUAAUGAUUUCAUGAAAUGUUUUAAGCUUUAAUGUCUAUGCUCACACUUACCUUUAUGAUACUCAUAUAGAUUUGUUACACAUUUUGUGACAAGAAAUGCUGUAUCUAUGUUAACUAUUCUAAUUUACUCUUAACAUUUUUACUCAUUCAUUAAUAUGUUAUAUGUAGGAAUAGUGAUAAUUAUGCUACUUUAUUUCAUUGUCUCUCUUUGUACACUAAAUUAU